UCUCCACCAGUUAAAAACAUAACCUCACUCUGAGGUAAAACGAAAGCACGCGUUUAAUGAAGACAACGCAUAACAUAGAAUAGUUAUACGGAGUAGUGCAUUAAAUUAGUGCGGGGUGAGAAGUAAUUCUGUCGAAAGCCCAGCAACAAGCACAAGCCUGACCGUCCUUAAGAAAUAAAAACGAUGACGCGAGAGUUGUUCCCCUCAAGACUCAGACCUGAAUUACAACUGUUAAUUUACUUUGAUUAUUUCUUAAGGACGAUCAGGCUUGUGUUUGUUGCCAAGCUUUCUACAGAAUUGUGUCUCACUCGCACCAAUUUAGUGUAUUACUCCGUAUAACUGUUUCCAAGUUAUGCGUUGUUUGCAUUAAUUGUGUGCUUUCGUUUUACUAACUCCUUGAGGUUAUGUUAAAAUAAACUGGUGGAUACCAUAAAUACUUUGAAUUUUUUCGAUUGGGGGCUCUCUCCGAACCGACGUGGGAUAACCUGGCAAUUUGAGUUUUUAAUACUCGCCAACAAACUUUAAGAAUGAUGUUAUCUGUGGAGCAUUUGCGACAAUAUUGUCGUACCUGCCUAGCCAAGCUGGAGGCGAAUAAUGAAGAUAAUUCUACAACAUUUAUUCCCACAAAUAAGUACCCAGAACUGGAGAAUUUAAUACAAGUCUGUCUUGCAAGGACUACCGCAGGUGACGAUAGUUUGUGUUAUUAUGCACCAUUUUUGUGUCGCUCUUGUUUCGAUAAAUGGUUAGAUUUUUCAAAACUUCACCAAUUGGCUAUUGAAACUGACGAAAAAAUAAGGAAGAUUUUAGAAAGAGAAGUUCUUAAAAGCGAUAACAAAGACGACGAGGCAAUGGUAAUAAAUAAUAAACAAAAUGAACAUAUUAAGGAAUUUCUAACGGAUAACGAAUCCUUAGUUGAUAUAAAUGAGAUAGAAAAAUAUGAAACAAAUUCCCCAUUUGUACUCAAUAGUCAUUCAGAUUCUCCAAUCAAUAACUGUUCCCGAUCGGAUGAAGAAUUUACCUUUGGAAAACUUAAUAUAACAUCCAAAGGUUAUGAAGUUCACUGCUCCUCCUCCGAUAACGCAGAUGAUACUGAUUUUAUACCUAUCGCACCACUGCACGACGAAGGCUUAAAAAGCAAAAAUUCUCAAAUCAAUAAGAAGAAUAGGAAAUUUUGUAAAUUAAAGAAAACGUACAAAAGAAGACAAACAUUUGUAGAAUAUAAUAAAAAUUCGGAAAUGGAUAGUGGACAAAAAAAAGUGCGGUAUGAAUGUAAAACAUGCAGCAAAUAUUUCUGGGAAAAGAACAAGUACGAUGGACAUAUGAAACAAGUACACGAGGGCAUCAAACGUCCGUAUCAAUGUCUGCAAUGUGAUAAGGCUUAUAAUCUAUACAAAACACUUUUACAGCAUAAACGAGAGUGUCAUAGCGAAAAGUCGCAAGAAGUAUUCAAAUGUGAAAAAUGUGAUAAAACAUUUAAAACAGCUGUAAUUCUUAAACAACACUUGGCAAACAAGCAUUCCGAACAAAAAGAGACCACGCGAUCGAUUUGCGAUCAGUGUGGUUUUAUUGCAGCUCAUCAAUAUUCGCUCUCGCGGCAUAUUAUUAAUAAGCAUACGGAAACAGACCAAAUAAAAUGCGACUAUUGUCCCAAAGUUUUUAAAACGCGGUACUCGCUUAAAUAUCACGUGAUAGGCAAUCACAACCCUUCGAAUUCAAAGCCCUUCAAGUGUUCCGAGUGCCAAAUGGCAUUUACACGUAAAACACUGUUGAACCAACAUAAACGAACUCAUAUCAAAUACACAGAACGCAUUAAAUGCGACUUUGAGGGCUGUGAGGUGCGUUUCGUUAAACUUGGCGAUAAAACUCACCAUAUGCGGUUGGUACAUUUAAAAGUUAAACAACAUGUUUGUGAUUUUUGUGGCGAGGCAUUUGGUGCCUUGCAAACACUGCGUCAUCACCGAUUUAUACACACCGGUGAGAAACCUUAUAAAUGUAAUGUUUGUGGUCAAGGUUUCCGGCAACGUACCGCUAUGAAAACUCACAGAAAGAUACAUUUUGGAAAAGGCACAGAAGGUCAUGAUAUUAUUAAUAAUUUACCAGAAAUUAACUUAAGCUUAGUAAAUACAGUAAAUGAGUAACCUCCCUCAAAGUAUUCGCUGUUAUGUAAUAUGAUAUUACCCAAAAUAUUUUGGGUUUAGUGUUGUCCAUUCGUGAGCUAAACCGCUUACAAAAAAGUCCCAUUUUUGUUAUUUUGUUUUAAUUUUACAGUAUUUCUUAAGGUAUUUUCAGACUACAAUAUUGAAUAUUAUUACUUGUCAAAAAAUCAUGUAGUAUACAAUUUCGUAGUCUAAAUACAAUUUGAUUGAUUAUGACAAAAAAUACUUCUGAUUUAUACCGACCGUAUUUUUAAGUUUUUGAAAAAUGUUAAAAAUUUCUUAUUUUUCAUAUGUAUCAAAGUUGUAUUUAAAAUAAAGAAACUUUAGAAACAAUUUCCUUGCGAUAAAAAAAAACAGGAAAAUAAAAUAAAUUGAAAAUAAACGAAAAAAAAACCAGGAACAUCAUUGAAUUUUAAAGGUAAGAGUUGAUAAAAUGUAUGUCUAAAAUAUUUAUGUAUUUUUCUUACAGAUUUUUUGAAAUACCGACAAAAUUCUAUAAUAUUUUAAUUUUGAAAUUUGUUAAUACUCAGUAUUGUAGUCUGAAAAUACCUUUAAACAUAACAUACAAUAUCAUUUAAAAGGUUUUUUAAGCCAAGUCUAGUGGACCGCAAAAUUUGGAAAGUUGUGCAUACAUUUUAUUUUUAUUACUGAGAGACCUUACGAUUUUAAAUAUUUUGGAAUAUCACAAAUUUGACCAUACGGUUAUUUAAGAUUAAUGUAUAAUUGAAUUCGGCUUUAAAACUCCUUUCAAACGAUACCCCAGAUUGGAUAUUUUGUUUCAAAACAAAACAUAAAUUUUAAAAAUAUUAUUCCAAAGUACCUUUUUUAAUUUUUUUCCAGCUCACGAAAGGUCAUCACUAGACUUAAAAUAUUUUGGGAAUCAUCAUAAAACAAAGCAAGGAAAAUUUUUAGAGAUUUACCAAAAGCACGUUUAUGUUUUCUGUACAGAGUGAUAUAUAUAAUAAUAUAUAAUAAUAUAUAAUAAUAUAUAAUAAUAUAUAAUAAUAUAUAAUAAUA